GUAUAGUUCGGUUGGCGUCCGUCACGAGACACGACACUCGUAGGCAUUUGUUUCGAUAUCGAAUAUAUACGCGAUUUACGAUUAUAUCGAUACAUCAUCAUCACCGUCGUCGUCGUCGUCAUUGUCAUCGUCAUCGUCGUAGGUCAUCGUCAUCGUCGUCGUCGUCGUCGUCAUCAUCACCACCGCGGUCGUGUCUUGAAUAUAAAUUUAAUAAAUUGUUUAUACUGUGCGCGGUUCCGUCUUAACCGGAAAACACUCGCCCGGUGUGAAACUACUGCUGCAAAAGUCGUCAUAUUAUUUUCGGCGCGCGGAUGACUUGUCGUCGUCAAACCCACCGUCGGAAGUCCGGACACGGCUUCGCAAGGUAAAAGUCCUGCUGAACUUGCUGUGGCGGCGGCCCGGAGGCGCGAUGGCCGCGUUGCGACGGCGGUGACUCGCUGGUACUGCGGCGGGGCGUCGGGCGAAAUGUGCGCGGUGAGCCGAGCGCCGGAGAACGUGUCCCGGACGAGCGUCGCGUUCGGCGUCGCGUCCCUGGCCAUACUGCUGACCGGUUUCGUGACCGGUUCGUGGGUGACCACCAGGGAACCGUACAGGGUGCCGGGCACGGACGGCGCCUACACGGCCGCCGCGUUUCGGAUCGGUCUGUGGAAGAUUUGUCCGACCCUGAGGAAGACCAACUCCACGAUGAAUUUUCGAUCGUUGUCAUGCAAAUAUAUACGGUAUACUAGUGACUGGGAUUUGGACUUGGCCAAAGAAGACAUUGGCAUUGAUUCGGAUGUUUACUUCACACAAUCAUUUGUGGCCAAGAUGAGGUGGUGCACUCCAUUGGUCAGUAUCAGCCUGUGUCUUAUGUUGGCGGGAUGUGUUUUUUCGUUCAGUGGUCACUUCUACAAGGACCAGAAGACACUGAUCGCAUCGUCUUUGCACACGUUAGCCGGACUUAUACUCGCGGCCGGCCUGUUCGUGUUCGCCUCCGUGCUCAACGACAGCUUCUCACCCGUCGUUUACCAAUCAAUGGACGGCGGCGACGGCGACGGGUUCGACGGUGGACUGCGGUCCGACUACGAUUACCGGUACGGCUGGUCGUUCGUCGCGUGCAGCCUGGCGUUCCUGGCGUCCGAGGCGUCGGCCGUGUUCACCAUAACCGCGUACUUCCGGAGGCUGGAGGACCGCGUCCAGUACACGGCCGUCGACAGGAAACCGUCGCUGGACACUCCGCCGCCGACCUGCGCCGGUGACCGGACAUCGUCGGCCUGUUCGGUGGACGGGCUGGCUGAUUCGUCGGACGGCGCGGCCGGUGCCACCGGCGCCGCCAACGCCGCGGUCACAGAAACGACGUCGCGGUCGGAUCAGUCGUCGUCGGCCGCCGCCACGUCCGGUCGUCACCAGUCGGCACAGUGCGCGUCAGUCGGCGGCGAUCAGGCCAUGUCGUCGUCGUCGUCGUCAUCGCCGGGUGGCGCGGCGGCCGAGUCCUGCAGCAACGGCGCCACCAGUAAAACGCCGCCCGACAUAUGUCCGCCGAAGAUCGGCUGCGACGGACCGACCUCGGGCGCGCCCGGCGCCGCGGCCUCUGGCUGCCGGUUACCGGCCACCUCGGUGGCGUACAGUAGCGCUACGUUAAACCACCCGCACAAGUCACAACAUCAGCACCACAACCACCAGCAACAGCAACUGCACCACCACCAACAACAACAACACACGCAGCACUACAGGCAGACGCUGGCCGUGGGAGGCAACGGGUCGUGUUAUGAGGUGGACACCACCAAGCCGUGCACGUGCUCGUCGGCCGCCACGCUGACCACUAAACGGUACGCGACCAUCGCCGGCGUGGCCAGGCACAACGGUGGCAAACAGUACACGACGACGACGACCGCGUUGACAAACAACCACAACAACAACAACAACAACAACGGUGGUGGCGGCAGACGUUCGGCGGCUGGUCUGGCAGCCAUCAAGGAGUCGGCUGCCGGUCUGGCCGAUCAUCACCCGCUGCAGCACAACAGCGGCCACCACCACCGGAAACCCGAGCCGCCCACGCGGCGACUCAAGGCAUCCGUCGGCGGUUACGUCGUACCGCAAACGCCCAUCGCCGCCCUCGAAGCGCUCGACUGUCCACCGGUCGCUGACCCGCGGCUCGUCGUGCCCAGUUCGGUAUGACGAAAGUGUCGCGUCGUCCUCGGACAGGACGAACAUGCCGUCUGACGGCGACGCGACGGCCAACCGCUGUUCCUGCAAACUUACGCCCCGGCACCGUCCACGGAAAUAUCGCGACGUGUCCGUUAUAAUAAUAAUAUAUUACAAGACGUUAUAACGGCUAUUAGGGCUCAUCGCACGCGCAUAAUAUUGUCGUAAGCGCCUUCCGCGCGAGUGCGCCGACCAAAAUAUUAUUCAAUAUUAUUGUUAUUAUUAUUGUCACAUAAGUUAUAUUAUAUUAUACCCGUUACCUAUAUACGCGUGUUUGUGUCCAUAUGUCACGGUAAAUUACGUUAAAUCGGAAUGUCAUCCGCCGGCCAUUGACGUUAUUCGCACACAAACUUGAGGAUUAUCGUGAAUGUUCAGCAAAUAACAUUGAUUGUCGUGUAUAUAAAAAGGAAAACGUUGAUAACAUUAUAAUAUUAUGAUCAUGGGAUGUUUAUUGGUUUACUUAUUCGACGCCAUGCGGCAUUUGAUGAGGUGACAAAUAUUGUUGGUGCAGACAUAUAAUAUUAGUGGGACGGCAGUGUGUGAGAGGAAAAUCAAAGUAUGAAAUCGCAAAAACCUAGUUCAUUAAAUCGUGUGUUUAAGUGAUGAAGCGACGGGAGGUGGCCGAAAAACUGAAAUAAACGAUUAAGUCUGCAAAGCCACUUCAUAAUAUAUUAUAAUUCACUGAGGAGGCAGUGUCUUUUCACAGGAUAGAUUUUCAGUUUUACCACAUUCUCCCCACGGGCUCCCUCUCCCCCUUACCCCUGCAGUUACGUCCAUGGCUAUAUGAACGUAAAUACUGAAAGAAAUAACUUCUGCAGCUAACGAAGAAAACCCGUUGAACGUAUAAUAAUAUAAUGGACGAUCUGAUCGAAUUAGCAUAAUAUGGUAAACAGCAGUCGACGCCGAGGGAAGCAGCCGGUAAAAGUCGUGUUGAGGGCCAUUCGAGGGUAGUGCGCCAGCAGCGUCACCAUUGCAAUAACAAACGAUAGGCCUGGUGUUGAAAAGUUAUAUAAUAGUAAAUGUCACAACAGUUCUUAUUGUAAAAACAAAUAAAUCAUAAUACAAUAUAUAUUAUUAUAGUAAUAACACUUACGUUGUUUUAGAUUUGAAAAUUGCCUACAUCACGAUAAUACCUGAUAGAUACCUACACGUACUUGGUCAGUAACAUGAAUAUCUGGUCUGUGCAUAACGAUAACUACCUAUCCGCAUAUAUUAUAAUAUGAAUAACUUUAAUGACCGGCGAACGAUGUUAUUUUCCGUUUGACGUCAUUAUUUUACCGUAUGACAUACGUCAUAUUAUUAUGUUAUACAAUAUUAUAAACAUUCCGAAUUGUCGAGUGCUUUAUCGUUCGUGUUAACAUCGCUUUUGCAAGUCUCGCCUCCGGCGUCCGUUUCCCCAGCUACGCGUUUUUUUUUUCCACCAAGCAAAUAUUUUACUAAAUGGUUUACUGCGAGUAGUACGCGAUAUAAAAAAAAAUCUUUGUUUGUUUUAUACCGGCACUCGAGUAAAUAUUAUAUAAAGGCUACAGUUCGUUCAGACGAAAUUUUUUUUCUUUGACACGAAUCGAAUUUGCGACUAUAAUAUUAUAGUACUAGUAAUAUACGUGGUGUAAAAUUAAGUUUCAUAAUUAAGAUGCUUACCAAAAAUCGCAUGUCAUUUUCGACCACCACCACAUUUCCGUUUUCAUAAGAGUGCCAACACUGCCCUUCUAUUAUUUUCCGUUUGGCUUUUACAUAUUAUACCAUAUUAUAAUAUUAAUAUAGAAAUGUAUUAACCUUCAGUAAUUAUAACUAUAUAUAUUAUAUGAAGUGAAUAUCUAUUUAUAAAAAUUAUUUAAAUUAAUAUAAUAGGAAACGAGUAAAUUAAACGAUUAAAUUAUAUAAAAGUAUGACCUAUAAAUAACCUAACAAAAGAUAAAUAAUAUUUCAACAGAAUAACAAUAUUUCAAACGAUAAAUAACAUGAAAUAAUAAUAUUUUAAUUGUUUUCAUUUAAAUACAACAGUAAUAAUAAUACACAAAUAAGUGUUAUGUCUAAACGCCAAAAACAUAACAUUUGGCAGUUUGGCACACAGAAAAAAGGAGUAUAACUACUAAUAAAUGACGUUGAAUCGUUCUUAAAAAAUCAUUUACGUGUCUACUAAAAUUAAUUAUUUUUACAAUAUUAGAUUUGUUUUUUAAAAACAAAAAUUUAAUAUUAUCCUAUAUUUUUGUACAGAAAAUUUAUUAAUAAUUACGCAUAUUUAAAUGGAGUGUUUUUUUUAUACGUAUAUUUAAGAGCGCAACAGACUUGUAUAAAAUAAUAUAUAAAAAUAUAUAUUUGCAUCGAUUUAAAAAUGGGUGUAUGACAUCAUUUUUCACACCCUCCAACACCCCACAGCUAUACAGGUGGUCAUUCAAAAAUGUUGUAAAUAAUCGUUCGAAUGUAUAAUAGUCAUUAAUUGAAUAUAUAAGUAUAAGUGUAGUUUUAGAAAAAUCUAAAAUUAUUAUUUUUAACGUUAUAUAAUUAUAUAAUAUAUUAUUAUAUAAUUUAUAGUUUCUAUAAAUGUUGUACAUAAAUGUAAAACAAUACUAUAUACCUAUGACAUGUGUAUUCUAAUGAAAGUUGUCUUGGAAAUAAUAAUAAUAUUUGUUUUACAAUUAAAUGUGAUUUUUAU